AGGGAGUGGGGGUGCGGACUGCGGAAGAUUCAAAAACGGGACCCCACAACGAAUUCCGAAAUCCAUAGAUCCAGAUAGAUCGGAAAUUGCAAUUCGCCCGCACAAAUCCAACCAAGCCUUUCUAUCAAAUCAAUUUCACAAUUUUAAACUCACCAAACUCCCCCUCAACAAAUCUCCACUCUCCUCUUCUUUUACUCUCUCCCCUUUCCCCUCCCUCCCUCCCUCUCUCUCUCUCCUCAUUUAAAUUUUCAGCUCAGUGAGACUGUCACAAGUAGCAACCACCAACGUUGAACAAGGACUGAAAAUCUGCUACACGAAACCUUAACCCUAGAGAACAAUCCUCUCCAUUCGUCCAUCCAUAUAUCCACUGAGUUGAGCUGCUGCUGCUGCUUUAAUGGCGGAUUCUGAUUCGGCUUCGCUUGCUGUAGCUCCGGCCGUUGUUCCUCUUUCUUCGAAAGAAAACAUGACCCCUAUCAGCUCAAGGAUUGCCGAAUUGAAUGAAUCUAGAUCGGAGCUGCUAAGUAGAAUUCAAGGGUUAAAGCAGGACUUGCAGAACUGGAGGUCCAAGUUAGAUACUCAAGUUAAAAUCUAUCGCGAUGAACUAUCAGAACUAAAGAAAUCUCUUAAUGUGGAAGUGGAGCAACUUAGAUUUGAAUUUCAAGAACUGAGAACCACUCUCCAACAGCAACAAGAGGAUGUGGCUGCUAAUCUAAGGAACUUGGGGCUGCAGGAUUUGUCAGAAGAUGUGGACGAAACAAAAAAUCCUGAAGCAGAAGUAAAUAAUGCAGAGGAAAAUUCAGCUCCAGCACAAGAGAAUACGGAGGACAUUCAACAAUAAAUUGUAUUUUAUCUUGUGCAAUUCCAAUCUUAUCUCUGAUAAGAACCUUUUGUCUCAUUCCCUUCCUUCGGGGUGAGAUGGGGAAGAUGCUAUGUGCUUAUUUUUCUCAUCAUGUUUGAGAAAAUGCGAUGAUGAAAAUGAUUCCUAAAUUAAGACUUGGCCAUGGCCAUCUCUUGUAAGACAAUUCUCUCUGCACCAACUGUUUGAGAAAAAGUAUUAUCUGGCUAGUUUUAUCUUA